ACAGGUAACCUGCAAGGCUUUUACCUAGAACUAGAGGCUCUUCCCCUGCUGCUUCUUUCUCACUGCUCCAAAUACCAAACUGCCAUUUUCUCCACUGCUCCUCCCUUCUCUUCAAACUUCUCUCAGGUCGGCUUUCUUUCUCCGGCGCUUCACCGGUUCUUCAUCCGACCACUACAUAAGAGUCAAAAAGUGAGGAGGACAAAGUUUUGUGGAUGACCUAAAGGUUAGUUUGUCCUGAGUGAGAUCCUUAGUUAUCUGGAGGAUAGAAAGCUUGUUCAAUAAUAAACAUAAAUUCUGUCAGAGAGAAUUAUAGUCUUGGCUCCUGGAUUUUUCAGCGAGAGAUGGCGUCGUGUAAUGUAGAAAUAAAAGCAUGUAAGGAUGAGAAGAAAAUAAAAAGCUCAAGUGAGAUUUAUGGUCCUUUGAGUAAGAAUAGUAGCAUAGGUUGUGAUUCUACAGAUGCGUCAAUUUUAAUGAGAAAUGCGUCCAUGGAUAGGGGUAUGAGUAUUGAUCCUCCAAUCAACAAUAAUUUAGGGUCAGAUGUCACGGAGUUGCAAUGUAGUUUCAAAUCAAAUUGUUCACAAACAAAGAAAAGGAGGAAGAACAAGAAAAGGCUUCAAAUUGAGCAGAAUAGCCAGAUAGACUUUCAGAGGGAGGGCUCUUCAAUUAAGGAUGAUUCUGUCGGAAUAAAUUCACACAAUGAGUGUAGAGUUGAUAUUAAUACAAAGACAGAUUUGCAAACAAUUGAAAAAUUGAGUCGAUCGCAGAAGAAGAGAAUGAGAAAGAAGCAGAAACGUAAUGAAACUGUGAUUAGUACUAAAGCACAUGUUCCUUCUGCAGAGUGUCACUUGUUAAAGGUGGGGGGGAAUGCUGAAAAGCAAAGUGAUUCCUCAAGAAAUCCAAGUACUGAUUUGAAGAGAAAACGUGAUAUUGAUGGCAAGUCUGGUCUUAUUGAGUCUGUUGUUGAUUGUAAUAGACAGACAGCCUCACUUUCAGAAUUGAGUCGGUCACAGAAGAGGAGAAUGAGAAAGAAGCAGAAGCUUAAUGAAACAGUGAUUAGCAAUGAAGCUCAUGGUCCUCUUGCAGAAUUGCACUUGAUAAAGGAGGGGGAAAAUGCUGAAAAGCAAAGUGAUUCCUCAAAAAAUCCGAAUACUGAUUUGAAGAGGAAACAUGACAACGAUAUCAAGCCUGAUCUUAUUGAUUCUGUUCUUGAUUGUAAUAAUAAGACAGCCUCACUUUCAGAAUUGAGUCGGUCACAGAAGAAGAGAAUGAGAAAGAAGCGGAAGCUUAAUGAAACUGUGAUUAGUAAUAAAGCUCAGGCUCCUGUUUCAGAGUUGCACGUGAUAAAGGUGGGGGAAAAUUCUGAAAAGCAAAGUGAUUCCUCAAGUAAUCCAAGUGCUGAUUUGAAGAGAAAACAUGAUAAUGAUGGCAAGCAUGGUCUUUCUGAGUCUGUUGUUGCUUGUAACAUAAAGACCACCUCACUUUCAAAAUUGAGUCGGUCACAGAAGAAGAAAAUGAGAAAGAAGCAGAGGCUUAAUGAAACUGUGAUUAGUAACAAAGCUGAUGGUCCUCUUGCAGAAUUGCAAUUGUUAAAGGUGGGGGAGAAUGCUGAAAAGCAAGGUGAUUCCCCAAGAAAUCCAAGUACUGAUUUGAAGAAGGAACAUGAUAAUGAUGGCAAGCCUGGUCUUAUUGAGCCAAUUGUUGAUAUUAACAGAAAGACAGCCCCACUUUUAGAACUGAGUCGGUCAAAGAAGAAGAGAAUGAGAAAGAAGCAGAAGAUUAACGCCACUGUGGACAAAGCUUAUGGUCCUCUUGCAGAAUUGGAGUUGAUAAAUGUGGGGAGAAAUGCUUUGAUACCUGACAACCAAAAUGAUUCUCCAAGAAGUCCAAGUGCUACUUUGGUAAAGAAACAUGAUAAUAAUGACGGCACUGGCCUUGGUUUGGUUGAAAAGAAAAAUAUUAAAAUGUAUAAAAUGAAGGGAGAAUUAAGAACCUAUCAAAGGAAAAAACGGCAGUUCUCUGACUAUGAAGAAAAUGCAGAGCACGUCGUGUUGGCUAAGGAACAUGCUGCUUCUGUCAAGGUUGUGAAAAAUGUUUUAACAGAUAAGACCUCUUGCGAUUGUUCAAAUGGUGACUUUGCAUGUGCGGAAGGCAAGAAUAUAAAUGAGACAGAGAAGUAUGUUAAUUUAAAUGUUCCUGUCAAGCAGGGAUAUCUUCCUAAAGUAUCAUUCUCAUCAUUAGAAAGACCUCUUGUUGAAUGUCCUGAUAAAAAGCUUCUUAUCCUUGAUAUUAAUGGAAUUCUAGCUGACAUUGUUUCAUGUUGUUCUACAAUAUCCAGGAAAUCAGUUUUCAAGAGGCCCUUCUUUGAUGAUUUUAUGCAGUUUUGCUUUGACAAAUUUAAUGUUGGUGUUUGGUCAUCUAGAAGCAAGAAAAAUGUGAACUUGGCACUUAAUUUUCUCAUGAGAGGUUCUAGACAUAAGUUGCUCUUUUGUUGGCAUCGAUCCCACUGCACUAAAACUGGAUUCACCACUAUUGAGAGCAAGAGCAAACCCCUGGUAUUGAAGGAAUUGAAAAAACUGUGGGACAAACUUGAGCCUGGUCUUCCAUGGAAGAAGGGGGAAUAUAAUGAAUCUAAUACAUUAUUGCUGGAUGAUUCACCAUACAAGGCCUUGCGCAAUCCUGCGCACACUGCUGUAUUUCCCCAUCCAUACCAGAACAAGGAUACUGGAGAUUCUUCACUAGGACCCGGAGGUGACAUUAGAGUAUAUCUCGAACAAUUAGCUGAGGCUCCAAAUGUUCAAGAGUAUGUCGCGCAAAAUCCAUUUGGUCAGCAAGCCAUUACAGAAUCAGACCCUUCGUGGGAUUUCUAUCAGAAGAUUUUAAAUGGUACUUGAAUAACUAGUAGACGCUAGUUCUGUCACUGGGCUAUGGGGAUCGAUUUUGAAUGACCUGCAACACUUAACUUUGUUUUUUGAUCCUGAGUGAUGUAAUUCAAUUUGCUCCUUAAGGCUGCAUUGAUGUUGCAGAAUGCUGGUGCAUAUUUUCUUGAGUUCAGCUGCAUGGAAAACCAUAAACAUGUUUGAGGCUGAUACUGCUGUUAUUUUGAUAAUCAUGCAGAAGGCCGAUCUGAUUUUCUUCAACUUUGAGAUGAGCGACAUUUUUGUUCUUGUGCUUUAGGACCUUUUUUUCCAAAUCAUUUUUUACGCAAGGUUUAUGUAAUCUGCAUUGGCAAUUAUUAGGUCUAACAGUAUGAUGUACUGCAAGUUAAGCAGCUCUAAAUACAGAUAGAUCAUUUUAUUGAGAGAAUAGCAAGAAUGGAGUCUUGAAUAAAUUUCUGUUCUGUGCAAAGUCUUUGAUUUA